AUGGCUGCUGAAAUCAUUCUAGCCCCCAUAGCAAAACAAAUCUUUGCCAAGGCAACCAACAUGGCCUUAGAGCAGAUUGGACUCCUAUGGAAUUUCAAGCACGAGCUUUGUAAACUGAAGGGGACCGUUGCCACCAUCCAGGCCUUGCUCCUUGAUGCUGAGGAGAAGCAGUAUCACAAUCAUCAAGUCAAACUCUGGCUCGAGAAGCUCUCAGACAUAAUGUAUGAUGCCGAUGAUCUGCUCGAUGAUCUCGCUACCGAGGCUCGCAAAAAGGCCGUACUAGUAGCAUCAGCAAUAGAUGAUGAUGAUGAUGGUGCUAGGAGAAGGAUGCCAACAACGACGUGCUGCAGUUUUGUAUGCUUUCUGUUCUCACUUCCACAAGAAUUGUGGUAUGAUCUUAAGAUGGCGAAUGCUAUCAAGGCCAUUAGAGAGGACCUCGAGGCUAUUGAAAAAGACAAGGUUAGCUUGGAGUUGAAGGUUAAUCCCAUCGAGGAGGACGAAGCUCGUCCUUCCAGGGAGACGGAUUCUUGCCCACCCACAAUUGUGGUUGGGAGGGAAGAUGACAAGAAUAAAAUCAUUCACCUCUUGCUGAAGUCCAAUUCUGAAGCCAACAUUUCCGUUGUCCCCAUUGUUGGGAUGGGUGGGCUAGGAAAAACCACUCUUGCUCAGCUUAUAUUUGACGAUGAUCAAGUUAAAACUCACUUCAAUAUCAAAGCUUGGAUCUAUGUUUCACAGAGCUUUGAUGUCAAAGUGAUUCUUGGAAAGAUGCUACGAUCAAUGGGUAGUCAAAGUCAGGCGGGCCCUGAGUUAGAUGAUUUGCAAGCUCAUUUCCGAAAAGAAAUCGAAGGCCAGAGGUUUUUGUUUGUGUUGGACGAUGUUUGGGAGGAGACUAGCCUCAAUUGGGAGACUUUGGGAAGAUAUUUGACCGUCGGUGCUCUCGGAAGCAAAGUGUUGGUGACUACUCGCUCCACUAAAGUGGCAGAGGUUGGUGUUAGAGCUCUAAAACCUGAAAAAAGUACCAGUAUUGUGGAAGCUUACAAGUUGAAAGGCUUCUCAGAGGAAGAGUCUUGGAGCUUGUUGGUGAAAAAGGCCCUCCCAAGGAAAGUUCCGCGAGACCCACAAGUGCAAGAUAUUGGGUUUUGA